CCAACUUUGUUUUCACUAAUAUUCAGUCGUAUUCCCUCCCUAAUUUUUCCUAUUAGUUUUAAUUUUCAUUAUUCCUUGCAAACUUCAUACAUAUAUCUAAUCAUGGAAGUUGUCCAUCAACCACUUAAAGAAAUUGACACAAACACAGGUUAUGCAGAUGGGCAUAUCAACAAGAAACCUAGAAUGUCAGAUGCUAGCAUCCCAACAUUACAAUUUGCCAAACUGUCUAAGGAAGCAACUACACCAACCAGAGGAUCUGAACUUGCUGCGGGGUUUGAUUUAUACAGUGCAUAUGAUUAUAAAAUCCCAUCCAGAGGGAAGGUUCUUGCAAAAACUGAUAUUCAAAUAGCAUUACCUGAAGGUUGUUAUGGAAGAGUCGCACCAAGAUCUGGUUUAGCUCACAAACACUUUAUUGAUGUUGGGGCUGGAGUGAUUGAUCAAGAUUACAGAGGGAAUGUUGGUGUCAUAUUGUUCAAUUUUUCAGAUGAAGAAUUUGAAGUAAAGAAAGGUGCUCGGAUCGCACAAUUGAUUUGUGAAAGAAUAUUCAUUCCUAAAUUGCAAGAACUUGAUAAACUCGAUGACACUGUCAGAGGUGAGGGGGGCUUUGGUUCAACUGGACAAUCAUGAUCUAUGAACAGACAAAGCAAGCCAUUUUUACCACCAUUCACAAUUGAAUAUGGAGCACAUAGAGAAGUCUGACUAACCAACUCUGCAAAUCAUCAGCUUCAAGAGUGUAGUUAGUGAUGUGACAUUGAUGUAAAACCAAUAUGGGAACAUUUUGGUGUUUGAUUACUGUUAUUUCUGAGCAGUUGUUCGAUUUUGUAUUUUUUUUUAUCAGGUUCUGUUCUGCCAGUUACCGGUACUGAUAUCUCCGUCAUUGCAUUAUUCAGUGCCUUUGUUUUUGUUAUAGUACACAACAACCUUCAUGUUGAA